AUGGAUUCCAAAUCAACAACAAACACCCCAUCUCCAUACAAGCCGCUAAGCGAGCUCUACAUCCUCUCAUGCGGCAACCUAGGAAUGAGCUGGGUCAUGAACAAAGGCCGACACCUCGCCUUUCAAAACUACAAAAAUGAACCCGCACUCUACAAUCUCGAAAUUGGCAACCACUCUAAAGGCAACACCGUCAUCCUACGGAAAGGCGACUCAAAAAAAGAAAAUGUAAUCUCACAGGCGACGGAAACGUCCACUGCAGGUGAAUACAUUAUCAAAGGACCCAAGGGCGAAGAGAAGAUAGAAAAGAGCGGGAAAGAUAUGUAUCUCUGGACUGUACCUGCAUCUCUAUGCCCGCCGAAAUUACCGCCUUAUGAGAAGGAGAGUCCGGAUAAGAAGAAUGUUUUUCAGUGGGUUAGGAUGCCGAGAGUGGAGGGGAAGACGGCGACGGCGACAUUUGCGGCGCCGGAUUGGAAGUUGCAGGACAAGGCGACGGGAGAGGUACAUGCAGUGUUUGUGGAGAACUGGGAUGGUACGACGGAGAGAGGACAGAUUCAGUUUCGGGGGAGUUUUGGUGAGAGUUGGGAGAUGAGCAUUUUGGUGGCGGUGGGGAUUGUGGCUGAGAGGGAGAGGGCGAGGAGGGAUAGGAGGGGGAAUUUUACGAAGGGGUUUAUGUUGUGGUAG